GACAUUGACAAGCAUAUUCUCUGUUAAUUUUUCAGGAAAACCAAACACUCUGACGUGCUCACUAAUCAACCCCAAUUUAAUUUUUUCAGCGGCAGAACCAAACACUCCCUUAAGAAACGAUUUAUUAACACUUUGGCACCGUUGGGACUUCGCCGCUACACGCGCCGUUAACCGCCGUUUUGCCGCCACCGCCGUUUCGCAACCGUCUUCUUACCUACCCUGUACCUCAAUCUCAUUUCGUGUCGUUGUGCGCACAUCUCACUGAAAGAGAAGAAGCAGUGCAUUUUUUCUUCGGAGCCAUGAAACUCAUGAAUCAUCUCCGAAACCUAAACAACGGUAUCACAAUCCACCACCACAUUCUCCGUAAUCGAUUUCACCCUCUCUUCUUCAACUACCCCAAAUUCUUCUCCGAUUCUUCAUUGCCUCAACAACCCACCACUCCUCACGUUCAACAACCUCCGCCUCCUUCUUCCUUGAACCGCAAUGAACUCGCCAAGUUCGCUGCCAUUGCUGAAACCUGGUGGGAUUCUGAAGGCCCUUUUAAACCAUUGCAUGUGAUGAAUCCAACAAGACUUGCUUUCGUUCGGUCUGCAUUGUGUAGACAUUUCAAGAAGGACCCUUACAGUGCUAAACCCCUUGAAGGACUUAAAAUUGUUGAUGUGGGCUGUGGAGGUGGAAUUCUUUCCGAGCCAUUAGCUCGGAUGGGAGCUACUGUGACAGGUGUUGAUGCUGUGGAAAAGAAUAUCAACAUUGCCCGACUUCAUGCUGAAUCGGAUCCAACUACUUCAACUAUUGAGUUUUGUUGCACAACAGCUGAGAAGCUAGUUGAAGAAGGAAGAAAAUUUGAUGCAGUCAUGGCCUUGGAGGUGAUCGAGCACGUUGCAGAACCUGCAGAGUUCUGCAAAUCUCUAGCAGCAUUAACGAUUCCAGAUGGAGCUACCAUCAUAUCGACCAUUAAUCGUUCAAUGAGAGCCUAUGCAACCGCCAUUGUUGCUGCAGAAUACAUCCUACGCUGGCUUCCAACUGGCACUCAUGAGUGGUCCAAAUUUCUUACUCCAGAGGAACUAGUUCUGAUCCUGCAACGUGCCGGUAUCAAUGUGGAGGAGAUGGCGGGAUUCGCGUAUAACCCAGUGACAGGAAGAUGGUCGUUAUCAGACGAUAUAAGCGUCAAUUUCAUUGCCAUGGGCACUAAAGCAAACAACACUGAAUAGAAUAGGAUAGAUAAAAAAAAUUACACUUAGAACUUUCACUUUAUUUAUUUAUUUGUAAGAUGAUUUUAAAUUUGUCCUGAAUGCUGAAUAAAUACUGAAACUGUUUAUUGAGACUAAACACAUCAGAACAAAAUACUGAAGGGAACUUGGACAUGGAUUGCUAGUUUCUCUAGAUACAUUGGGAAAUCAGAUGUCGUGAAAGGCUGAAUUGCCCGCUAUUCUGCAAGGUCUUUAUCUAGCCAGGAGCAAGGGUUCACCCACGUUGUGUGUUACACUGAUUUUGUGUUGUCUGUUUUGUGUCAAUCUUGUUAAAAAUGCAACUUCAGAGUUUAACAAGUAUGCUACCAUUAUUCAAGUUAUGAAGGA